ACACAACUUUCUCUGUUUGCUUUCCCAGAACAAGUUCCUUUCUCUUUUCUCUCUCUUCAUUUGUAUAAAUUACAAAGAUAAUAUAAAAGUAAAUAGAAUAUUCCGCUAAUAUAUAUAUGAUUGCACAUGAAACUUUGAAUGGUCCCGUGAGAGUGAGUGAGAUCUAGUUAGAGCGAUUGGCAGAUGAAGGAAAGAGAAGAAGCAGAGAAGAGAAGGAUGAGGAAAUUCGAGUGGAGAAGUAAUGAUUAUGGGUGUGUUUGUGAAAAGAGAAUCGCCGGAGUUGUUUCUGAAGUUUGACGUCAAUUGGACUGAUUUUCAGUCUUGUUGACUUGAUUGAGAACCUCAAUUUUUUAUCUUAUGAUCACAGCUGAUAGUUGAAUAUUAUUGCAAGUGCUUUUUUUAGCAGCUUAGUUUAUAUAUUUGAAGCUGCUAACGUAUCUGUGACUGUAAUAAAAGGAAUCUAUUGAUAGAGGUAUAGUUAAGUUGUAGUAAUGGAAUUGUCUAUGGGUCAUGGAGAGUUUUAGCUACUUCAAAGUGUUUGUUACGAUCUGGGUAUCAUAUUCUUUUCAGUAGCUUCAUUGGUGCUGGUAUGAUAUCAAGGAGUAAAAUGGAGGCAGAGAGAUUGAGUCCCAACCACCCUCCUAGCUUUCUCCGUCAGUCACUUCCUGCUAUUGUACCUAUGCUUUUGAUUUCUACAGGAUAUGUUGACCCUGGAAAGUGGGUAGCGACCGUUGAAGGUGGUGCACGGUUUGGGUUUGAUCUGAUGGCUUUCAUGCUUAUUUUCAAUUUUGCUGCUAUAUUCUGUCAGUACAUUUCUGCAAGGAUUGGCGUAGUUACAGGAAAAAAUCUCGCACAGAUUUGCAGUGACGAGUAUGAUACAUGGACAUGUAUGCUCCUUGGAGUUCAAACAGAACUUUCAGUGAUAAUGCUAGACCUUAACAUGAUCUUGGGCAUGGCACAAGGGUUAAAUCUUAUUUUUGGAUGGGACUUGUUCAGUUGUGUCUUUUUAGCUGCUACUGGUGUUGUUUUUCACAUACUUCUUGCAGUCUUACUUGACAUUGAGAAGGCAAAAUUCCUAGGCAAGUUUGUUGCAGGCUUUGUAUUGGUUUCUUUUAUACUUGGAAUGCUUGUCAAUCAACCGGAAAUUCCAUUUUCCAUGAAUGGAAUAUUAAUAAGAUUGAGUGGGGAGAGUGCAUUUGUGCUAAUGAGUCUUCUAGGAGCAAAUCUUGUACCUCACAACUUUUACCUGCAUUCCUCUAUUGUACAGUGGCAUCAGGGACCGGCAAGCAUUUCAAAGAAUGCUUUGUGUCAUAACCAUUUUUUGGCCAUAUUAUGUGUUUUCAGUGGUCUUUAUCUGGUAAAUAAUAUGUUGAUGACCUCCUCGGCAAAUGAGUUCUACAGUACAGGGCAUGUUCUGCUAACUUUCCAGGAUGCAUUGUCACCAAUGGAACAGGUCUUACGUAACCCAAUAGCUCUACUUGGGUUUUUACUCCUUUUGUUUCUUGCAAAUCAAAUCACCGCAUUAAGUUGGAGUUUAGGUGGAGAAGUAGUAGUGCAAGGUUUCUUAAAAUUGGAUAUUCCGGGUUGGCUUCACUAUGCUACAAUUAGAGUGAUUACUGUUUUGCCUGCCCUUUAUUUUGUCUGGAGUUCAGGAGCCGAAGGGAUGUAUCAGCUACUAUUAUUCACUCAAGUAUUGGUAGCUCUACAACUUCCAUCUCUAGUGAUCCCCCUUUUUCGUGUAGCUACAUCUAGAUCAAUAAUGGGUGUACACAAGAUUUCCCAGUUUCUGGAACUUUUGGCAUUGAUCAUAUUCAUUGGGAUGCUUGGCUUGAAUAUUGUAUUUGUGGUAGAAAUGAUGUUUGGAAAUAGCGAUUGGGCUAGUGAUUUGAGAUGGAAUGUGGGGAGUGGUGUAUCUAUCUCAUAUUUAGUUCUUCUAACAACUUCCGUUUUAUCGUUAUGUUUUAUGCUUUGGUUAGCAGCCACACCUUUGAGAUCUGUCAGCGUUCGAUUAGAUUCUAAGACGUGGAACUGGGAUAUGCCAAACACUCUGCCUAAUCCACCAAUUAUUGGCGAGAAAUCUUAUUUAACUGAAACAAGAUGUCGUGAAGAUGAACCUAUGCAUGUACAGGAACCCACACCAGCUGUAACAAAGACCUUGGAGUACUCUGAUGUAUCACAUCCAAGUUUUCAUCCUGCUCUACCUAAAUCUGUAAUGGAACCUGAACUCCACGUGAAUGUUGCAAGGAAGAAUCAUUCUGCUAUGUUGGCUUCCACAUCAGAGUCUGAAGUUGUAACAACAGUGAUUAAUGAGAUUUCCCAUUCUCAAUUGGAAGACACCAAAACUAUAACAAUGGAAACAAAUAACCCAAUUGAGAAAACUAUGGAAGUUGAAGGAGAUUUAAAUGCUGAAAGGGAUGAUGAUGAUGAUGCUGAUUCGUGGGAAGCUGAAGAACCUUCCGGAUUUGUGUUAGCAAAUGUACCAUCUUCAACAUCAGAUGGCCCUGCAUCAUUCAGGUGUCUUAAUGGAAAAAGUGAUGAAGGAGGGAAUAGCUUUGGAAGUCUUUCGAGAAUAGAAGGCUUAGGGCGUGCAGCAAGGCGUCAGCUAGCUGCUGUUCUUGAUGAAUUCUGGGGACAACUAUUUGAUUUAUAUGGCCAUAUAACCCAGGAAGCAAAGGCUAACAAAAUUGACCUUCUGCUGGGAGUGGGUGUCGAUUUAAGACCUACCAGUUCUUUGCAAAAAGUGGAUGUAUGUAGAAAGGACUACUCUGAAUACUCAGGAUCUUUAGGAGGUAGAGUUUCUAACACUUCAGCGAACUCUGAUCUAUAUGAUUCUUCCAAGCAGCCUUUGGUGCAAUGUAAUUCAGAGUCUUCUUAUGGCCUCCUAAGGAGUAAUUCUUCAAUGCGGCCAGAUCACAUCCAAUUAUUGGAUGCAUAUGUGCAGAACUCGAGCCACAAUCUCCUUGAUUCUGGUGAGAGGCGCUAUUUCAGUGUACGUAAUCUACAUUCAUCAGAGACUCGGGAUUAUCAACCAGCUACCAUACAUGGUUAUCAGACUGCAUCUUAUCUUAGUCGACUUGGUAAAGACGGAGAUUCUGCUAACCUAAAUGGUCCAGUGGACUUGUCAUCACUGAAAUCCCCUUCGAUAGUUAAUGCAAAGUACAGGGAUUCUCUUGCGUUUGCUUUGGGGAAAAGGUUGUGUAGUGGUCCAAGUGUAGGCCAACCCCCAGGGUUCCCAAAAGUAGCUAUCACUAGAGAUUGCCAAUUACAAUCUGAGAGGUCUUAUAACGAUUUUUACCCUUCUGGAUCUGUAGAUAAUACACUCAACUCAGUUAAUACUAAAAAGUACCACAGUUUGCCAGACAUUUCAGGAUACUCCAUCGCCCAAAAGUCUGCUGAUGUGUCUGAUAAAAAUGCUCCAUGGGAUGGUUCUGUUGGACAUGGAUCUCAUGCUAGUAGGACUUGUUAUGAAAGAUCACCAUAUUCAAAUUCUGGAACAAGAACAGGGAGUCAUUUGGCCUUCAAUGAACUCUCUUCAUCUAAAGCUUACAACGAGGCACUCUCUUCACAGUUGAGCUCUGGUUUUGUUAAUGGAUCUGUACGGUCUAGACUGCCUUGUGAGCAGUUUGGGCCUGAGAAAAAUAGUAAUAUUGUUAUGGAAGGUGUGGGAAAUAGGCCUAAUGCAAUAGUUCAAGAAACUACUUCAUUUGUGGAUAUAGAGAAGAAACUUCUUCUGUCAGUUAGACUUUGCAUUGUGAAGCUCUUAAAAUUGGAGGGUUCUGAGGGGUUGUUUAGAAAGAAUAGUGGAGCUGAUGAGGAUUUGAUUGAUUGUGUCGCCUCGAGGGAGAAGGUUGUUUGUGAAUUUGAAACUAGGGAGACGAAUCAAGUCAAUCAUGUGGGUGAAGCUCACUAUUGUCUUUCUGAUAGGAAACUUGGUUUUUCUUCGUCUCCAGUUCCUAAUUGCGGGGAGGGAUGUAUAUGGAGAACUGAUUUAAUAAUAAGCUUUGGGGUGUGGUGUAUCCACACUAUUCUUAACCUUACACUUGUGGAAAGCCGGCCGGAGCUUUGGGGGAAAUACACCUAUGUUCUCAAUCGCCUCCAGGGCAUCAUUGAUCCAGCUUUCUUUAAGCCUCGUAGUCCCUUGGCCCCAUGCUUUUGCCUUCAAGUUCUACCCGCGCAUCAGCGAAAGUUAAACCCCCAUCUUUCAAACGAGAUGCUACUCCCAACUGCAAAACCCAGCCGGGGCAAAUGCACAACUGCAUCAGCGUUACUUGAGCUUAUCAAGGAUGUGGAGCUUGCGAUCUCAAGCAGGAAAGGACGUACAGGAACUGCUGCAGGUGAUGUUGCUUUCCGUAAGGGGAAGGAAAAUUUGGCGUCUGUUCUCAAACGGUACAAGCGGAGGUUAUCUAAUAAGCCACCGGGCACUAAUGAAGGCACAGGUUCACGAAAGACCCCACGUUAGUACCUUACAACCAGUAGCAUUUGCAUUGACAGAAUCGGUGCUAAUUGAGCUGUUUUGUAAUUUACUUUUUAAAGCAGCUCAUGCUAUCAAGAAAUGUUGUCCCCGUGUAUCAAUUUCCGUGCUCAUCAUGCAGCAAAUUUAAUCCAAUUAUAUUACAUACACGUUGGGCAAGAUGUAAUGUAUGCAAGUGCUGCAAAAUCUAAGUAAAAAAUGGUUAGAUGA